AUGGCACAAGAUACAACGACAGCGACAACGCCCAAAGCUGAUGACAAGCAGAAGCCAGAAGACAUUAAGAAGAAGAAGGAUGGAGAAGAAGAAGAAUUGUCGGAAGAAGACAAGGAACUAAAAUCCCAACUGGAAUUGUUGGUGGAACGACUUAGGGAACCAAAAGUGGAGUUAUACCCUCUUGCGUUGGAAACAUUACGAACCUUGAUCCGUACCUCAACUUCUUCAAUGACGUCCGUUCCAAAACCAUUGAAAUUCUUACGACCACACUACCAAUCGCUCAUUCAAGUAUACGAUACAUGGCCUCUUGGUCCCAACAAGACCUUUUUGGCCGACAUCCUUUCUGUUUUGGCCAUGACAUAUGAGGAGGAAGGCAAGAGGAAUUCACUCAAGUUCAGGCUCACAGGCAGUUCAGAAGCUGCUGGUUCAUGGGGUCAUGAAUACGUCAGACAUCUUGCAGCUGAACUGAUUGGAGAAUACACAGACAGGACAGAAAAAGAGUUACCAACAGACGAUAUUCAUAAAUUGGCAAUGGAAAUAACUCCCUUCUUCCUCAAACACAAUGCUGAAGCGGAUGCUUGUGAUUUGCUGGUUGAAAUGGAAUCGUUGGAUGUAUUGCCGACUCUAGUAGACAAGGAUACAUACCAACGAGUUUGUCUAUAUAUUCUGAGCUGUGUACCAUACGUUUCACCACCAGAUGACAUGGCCAUCCUCAAAACUGCUCAUGAGAUAUAUCGAAAAAUGGAGCAAUACCCACAAGCCAUACAAGUAUCUAUGAAAAUGAAUGACCUCGAUUUGGUCAAGAAUGACUUCCACUCAUGCCCAGACAUGAUAAUACGUAAACAACUGGCCUUCCUAUUGGCAAGACAACAAAUCAGUUUCGAAACUGAUAAUGAAGAAAUCAAUGAUAUUAUGAACAACACCAAGUUAUCUGAACACUUUAAGGCUCUUGCUCGUGAUUUGGACAUUAUGGAAGCAAAGACUCCUGAAGAUAUUUACAAGAGUCAUUUGGAAAACAUACGCCCUGGCCUCCAUGCUGGUAAUGUCGACUCGGCACGACAGAAUCUAGCUGCAACCUUUGUCAAUGCCUUUGUGAAUGCCGGAUUUGGUCAUGACAAGUUAUUGACCAAGACUGACGAAGGCAAUUCAUGGAUUUAUAAGAACAAGGAUGCUGGCAUGUUGUCUGCUGCUGCCUCAUUGGGGAUGAUUAUGUUGUGGGAUGUAGAAACUGGUUUAGCUGAGAUUGACAAGUAUACAUAUGCAACAGAAGAGCACAUUAAGGCUGGUGCAUUACUGGGAAUCGGCAUUCUGACAGCCAGUGUACGAAAUGAGUCAGAUCCUGCUAUCGCACUUUUAAGUGAACACGUUGAGAACAAAAGUGCAAUUAUGAAGACAUCUGCCAUCCUUGGUUUGGGUAUUGCUUAUGCAGGCAAAGCAAGAGAAGAUGUCUGUGAGUUACUACUACCCAUCGUCAGUGACACUGGUGUAUCUAUGGAAAUAGCAUCUCUAGCUGCACUAUCUCUCGGGAUAGUAUUCGUAGGUACAUGCCAUGGUGAGAUCGUCACGACCAUCCUCACAACCAUGAUGGAACGCGAUGAAGUCCAAUUAAAGGACACCUACGGUAAAUUUAUGGCUCUUGGAUUGGCCCUCUUGUUUUUGGGUAAACAAGAUGCUUGUGAAGCUACUUUGGAGACCUUAAAAGCUAUUGAGACUCCAUUGGCCAAACAAGCUGGUGUUUUGGUUGAGGCUGUUGCUUACGCUGCAACUGGCAACGUACUCAAAGUCCAACACAUGUUACAUUUAUGUAAUGACCACUUGGACGCUGAAAAGGAAGACGAUAAAUUCCAAGGCUUUGCCGUUUUAGCAGUAGCCUUGAUUGCCAUGGGUGAAGACGUUGGAUCUGAUAUGGCAUUUAGAGCCUUCACCCAUUUGAUGCAUUAUGGUGAACCCACCAUUCGUCGAUGUGUACCAUUAGCACUAGGUCUACUAUGUGCUUCCAAUCCACUAGUCCAUAUAUUGGACAUCUUGUCUAAAUAUUCGCAUGAUAAUGAUCAAGAUGUGGCUAUCAAUGCUAUCUUUGCCAUGGGAUUGGUUGGUGCUGGAACCAAUAAUGCUCGAUUGGCACAAAUGUUGAGGCAGUUGGCUGCUUAUUAUCAUAAAGAACCAAAUAGUUUGUUUAUGGUUCGCAUUGCUCAGGGGUUGUUGCAUAUGGGCAAAGGAACAUUGACCAUCAACCCCUUCCAUACCAAUCGAUCCUUGUUGUCCCCAGUCGCAGUGGCUGGAUUAUUGACUGUUUUGAUUGCCUUUACUGAAGCCAAACAAGUAAUCAUGUCGAAAUCCCACUAUCUACUAUACUUCUUGGUCAUAGCCAUGUACCCACGCUUCCUGAUUUCACUGGAUUCCGACUUGAAGGCCCAACCUGUAACUGUACGAGUUGGACAGGCAGUGGAUGUAGUAGGACAAGCAGGAAGACCCAAAACGAUUACAGGUUUCCAGACACAUACUACGCCAGUCUUGUUGGCGUUUACUGAACGAGCUGAAUUGGCUACUGAAGAGUUCCACUCUGUGGGUAGUGUGUUGGAAGGAUUUGUUAUUUUGAAGAAGAAUCCAGACUAUAUGGAUGAGGAUAAAGAUAAAUAA